GUUUGCUCCUCAGGCUGCGCGAGGCUGUCAGACGCAGUAACAGUGAUCUGGGAGAGGGAGGUUAAACAUGGCGUCCGAGCAGGAAAUCUCAAACGCCCCAGUGAAGAAGUCCAUGAGGGAGAAGGCUAUAGAGCGCAGAACAGUAAAUAAAGAACACAACAGUAAUUUUAAGGCUGGCUAUAUUCCUAUUGAAGAGGAGAGGCUUCAUAAGACUGGACUGAGGGGUCGCAAGGGCAUCAUUGCCAUUGCCAUUAUUAUUCUACUUUUUCUGCUUGCGCUCAUCAACCUUAUUAUAACUCUGGUGAUAUGGACAGUUAUACGUAUCGGUCCUGGAGGUUGUCAAAGUAUGGAGUUUCACAACAGUGGACUGCUACGCUUCAAACAGAAGGCUGAUAUGGGUGUGGUUCACCCACUGCAUAAGAGCACAGUGGGUGGUAGGAAGGACCAAGAUCUUAUCAUCACAGGCAACAAUAACCCCGUGGUUUUCAAGCAGGGCAACACUAGGCUAAGCGUAGAAGAAGAAAAGAUGUCGAUCGUCAGCGACUUAGGCGUCUCAUUCACCGACCCCCGCACUCAGAAUACUUUCUUCAGCACAGAUUUUGAUACCCAUGAGUUCCACCUACCCAAAGAUGUUAAAGUUCUCAACGUGAAGAAAGCCUCUACUGAGAGAAUCACCAGUAAUGCGUCCUCUGACCUCACUAUCAAAGGAGAUGGAAAAGUCAUUAUUCGUGGCAAUGAGGGAGUGUACAUCAUGGGCAAAACUGUGGAGUUCAACAUGGGUGGGGGCAUUGAGCUAAAAGCGGAAAACAACAUCAUACUAAACGGUUCGGUGAUGCUCAGUCCAUCACAUAUACCCAACUCAUCUCUAGGGGCAGAUCUGUACUUUAACGAGGGGCAGGAGAGGUAUAAACUGUGCAUGUGUGCCGACGGGACCCUCUUCAGAGUUCAGGUUAAAUACUCCAACAUGGGCUGCCAAACCUCCGACAACCCCUGUGGAGCAGCACACUAAUGCCAGAGAGAAGAACCACUGGAAAACAAAAACAUGCUACUUAAUUAUGUCUUCAUAUGCGCAUUUUUAAUGAAUUGACAAAGAGACAAAGAGUGAAGAGUAUUAUAAUAUUAGUGUAUACAAGCAAUACACGAAAAACAAACACUGUCCACCCUCACACUUCCUCCCACAAGGACAGUUUUUUCUACACACCUACGUACUUUAUUGGAGGUCUCAGACACAUGGUGUUCUCCUAUGGUAAUAAUCACUCCCUUAAAACCAUAAACCUGGCACAGCAUAGGCAAUCCUGUUUUCUUUUAUGUAAUUGCCUUCCCGAGAGUUCUCUGUUAUCUUUGGCUCGUAUCAGUGUUUUAUAGCCAUUAAGCUGCCAACUUUCAGCCUUCACUGCAUGUGCUUUUAUAUUGUAAUAUAGUGGAAUAAUUGAUCCUAUUGUUUUUUGAGCAGUAGUAUUACAGUACAUACUUUAAUAUUGCCAUCUGUCAUCAAAUGAAAACAUAAAAACAUGUUAAUUACAUGAUGCAGUGGUUUGUACAGUAGCAUUCACUAGCGCUUAACAUUGGAAUAUUCAAACCACCUUUGUUUCAUUUUAGUUUUAUAUGUACAGUUCAUAAUACAAAGGCAGGGUAUAAGACCAAUGUAGAUCUUGAGCUACACUUUUUCGUGAUCUGUACAUUAUUGGCAAUGAGAUUACCAAUGUUGUGUUCUAAUUCAAAUAUAUAGGUUAAUGACAGCUCUGGAUAAUGUGGUCUUAGCAGACAUUUGGUCAGUAUUGUAUAGCAGCUCAGAUGUCAUUAAUAUCAUAUCGUUUUUUUAACAUCACGUUUACUAUGUCGGAUUUUUGAUUUUGGUCAAAUUUGGUCUUGUUUUGUAUGAAACAAGAUCAACAUAUAUAAGUAACAAUAUCAGUGCGAAACCUCAUGAAGUGACAAGUGGCACAUAUUGAAAUGUUUUUUAUAACAGUGCCCAGUUACUUUUAACUUUCUCAGAUUGCUAUGAACUAAAAAUAAAUUAUUUUAUGUCCAUUGAUAUGUUUGGAGUUGUGCAUCAAUGCAUUAUCUUUUGAUAAGAUAAAAACAGGAAAUGUCUAUGAUAUACGUGUUGUUGGAGUGUGAUAUUUUGUGCAAUAUAACCUUAACCUUAAUGUUUUGGUCUUGUCCAUCUAGGCACAUGGGUGGUAUUUAUUUGAGGUGUUUUUUUGUUUCUCAGAUAUGUAUUAUUGUGAUGCCUAAACCGUUUCUUAACUAACAGUCAUCCUUGCUUACAGUAAGAGACUGUAACUUAAUUUUUUUUUUUGAAGAAUCAAAAAAAUUGCAUUAAAUCAUUUAUUAUCAAAUCAUAUGUUUAAAAACUGUAUGGUGAAAAGCAUUUGUCAUAUUUAAAUGAAACAAAAAAUAAAUCCUGGCUUUUA